AUGUCUUCCUUAUCUGUUCGUUUUCUCACCCCUCCAUCCAUCUCUCGUCCCAAAAACACAUGGAAACUAUCAGCUGCAACUCCAUCACUUGCACCUCUUUCAACACAGCUCGAUGCAUCAAGGUUGGACCCUAGAGUCGAGGAAAAAGAUGGUUACUGGGUCUUGAAGGAAGAAUAUAGAGGAGGUAUCAAUCCUCAGGAAAAAAUCAAGAUUCAGAAAGAGCCCAUGAAGCUUUUCAUGGAAUGUGGAAUCAAUGAUUUGGCUAAUAUGUCUCUUGAAGAUAUCGAAAGCUCUAAACUCACCAAAGAUGAUAUCGAUGUUAGACUCAAAUGGCUUGGCCUUUUUCACAGAAGAAAACAUCACUAUGGUAGAUUCAUGAUGAGAUUGAAGCUUCCGAAUGGAGUAACGACGAGUGCUCAAACACGAUACUUAGCGAGUGUGAUAAGAAAAUACGGCAAAGAUGGGUGUGCUGAUGUUACAACAAGACAGAAUUGGCAAAUACGAGGUGUAGUGUUACCUGAUGUUCCAGAAAUUCUGAAGGGUCUUGCAGAUGUUGGAUUGACAAGUCUACAAAGUGGAAUGGACAAUGUGAGAAACCCUGUUGGUAACCCUCUUGCUGGUAUUGACCCUUAUGAGAUUGUUGAUACAAGACCUUACACAAAUUUGUUAUCACAAUUCAUCACUGCAAACUCACUUGGCAACACAACCAUAACAAACUUGCCGAGGAAGUGGAAUGUAUGUGUGAUAGGCUCGCAUGAUCUUUUCGAGCAUCCGCAUAUUAAUGAUCUUGCUUACAUGCCUGCUAAGAAUGAGGAAGGUAGAUUUGGAUUCAAUUUGUUGGUGGGUGGUUUCUUUAGCCCCAAGCGAUGCGCGGAAGCUGUUCCGCUUGACGCUUGGGUCUCUGCGGAUGAUGUUAUUCCACUUUGUAAAGCUGUUCUUGAGACAUAUAGAGAUCUUGGCACAAGAGGGAAUAGACAGAAAACCAGAAUGAUGUGGUUGAUUGAUGAACUUGGGAUAGAAGUAUUCAGGUCAGAGGUUGAGAAAAGAAUGCCAAUGAAGCAACUAGAGAGAGCACCCAAAGAAGAAUUAGUUCAAAAAAAUUGGGAAAGAAGAGACAUCUUAGGAGUUCAUCCACAGAAACAACAAGGUUUAAGCUAUGUUGGCAUCCACAUUCCUGUUGGUAGAAUCCAAGCCGACGAAAUGGACGAGCUAGCACGUAUCUCGGACGAAUACGGAUCAGGCGAACUCCGCCUAACCGUGGAACAAAACAUAAUAAUUCCAAAUGUAGCCAACUCAAAAGUUGAUGCAUUACUCAAAGAGCCUCUCUUGAAGCAAAAAUUCUCACCAGAACCAUCCAUCCUAAUGAAAACACUGGUAGCGUGCACGGGUAACCAGUUUUGCGGGCAAGCGAUAAUCGAGACAAAGGCAAGAGCUUUGAAAGUGACAGAAGAAGUUGAGAGACAAGUGGCAGUGACAAGAGCAGUUAGAAUGCAUUGGACUGGUUGUCCUAACACAUGUGGUCAGGUUCAGGUUGCUGAUAUUGGGUUUAUGGGAUGCAUGACUAGAGAUGAGAACGGUAAAGGUGUUGAAGGUGUUGAUAUCUUCCUUGGUGGGAGAAUUGGAAGUGAUUCUCAUCUUGGGGAAGUUUAUAAGAAAGGUGUGCCUUGUAAGGACUUGGUUCCUGUUGUGGCUGAUAUAUUGGUUCAAUAUUUUGGAGCUGUUCAAAGGAAUAGAGAAGAAGUAGAUGAUUAA